AACAGGUCACCCGGCUUGAUCGCAAAGCAUGCAAUCUCUGUCACACACAAGCUAGCGUAGCAAACAGACCUUCAGAGGCUACAACAUUUUUUUCAGUUUAGACGUUUCCUUUAAUGUUAGUCUUUUACAGCCUCGCUACACCUUUUUCUGUUUAAUUAUAGACCCAGCACACCGGAGGAACCAGGAUGGAGUGGCAGCCAGACGAACAGGGUCUGCAGCAAGUGCUUCAGCUGCUCAAAGAUUCCCAGUCCCCAGACACGGCCACUCAGAGAGCUGUGCAAGAAAAACUGGAGCAACUUAACCAGUUUCCUGACUUCAACAACUAUCUCAUCUUUGUCCUCACAAGCCUCAAGUCUGAGGAUGAACCCACUCGGUCUCUCAGUGGUCUGAUUUUGAAGAAUAAUGUGAAAGCUCACUAUCAGAACUUCCCCCCCAACGUGGCUGACUUCAUCAAGCGGGAAUGCCUCAACAACAUCGGAGAUCCUUCGCCGCUUAUUAGAGCUACAAUUGGGAUUUUGAUCACAACUAUAGCUUCUAAAGGAGAGCUGCAGACUUGGCCAGAACUCUUGCCUCAACUUUGUAAUUUGCUAAACUCUGAGGACUAUAACACCUGCGAGGGCUCUUUUGGAGCACUCCAGAAGAUCUGCGAGGAUUCCUCUGAGCUGUUGGACAGCGACGCUCUAAACAGACCACUCAACAUCAUGAUCCCUAAAUUUCUCCAGUUCUUUAAACACUGCAGCCCUAAGAUCAGGUCCCAUGCUAUUGCUUGUGUGAACCAGUUCAUCAUUGGAAGAGCUCAGGCUCUGAUGGACAACAUUGAUACUUUUAUUGAGAGUCUGUUUGCACUGGCUGGUGAUGAAGAUAGUGAAGUGAGGAAGAACGUUUGUAGGGCUCUGGUCAUGCUGCUGGAAGUCCGCAUCGAUCGUCUCAUCCCACACAUGCACAGCAUCAUUCAGUACAUGCUACAACGGACUCAGGACCCAGAUGAGAACGUGGCUCUGGAAGCCUGUGAGUUCUGGCUCACUCUGGCUGAACAGCCUAUCUGUAAAGAGGCGCUGUCUGGUCACCUGGUUCAAUUGAUUCCUAUCCUGGUGAAUGGGAUGAAAUACUCUGAGAUAGACAUUAUUCUUCUAAAAGGUGAUGUUGAGGAGGAUGAGACGAUCCCAGACAGCGAGCAGGACAUCAAGCCUCGCUUCCACAAAUCUCGCACCGUGACUCUGCAACACGAGGGAGGGGAGGGCGAGGAGGGGGAGGACAUAGACGAGGAUGAGGAUGAUGAUGACGACACGCUGUCUGACUGGAAUCUUCGAAAGUGCUCGGCCGCAGCUCUGGACGUUCUGGCCAACGUCUUCCGUGAGGAGCUGCUUCCCCAUCUCCUGCCUCUGCUCAAAGGCCUGCUGUUUCACCCUGACUGGGUCAUCAAGGAGUCUGGCAUCUUGGUGUUGGGGGCCAUUGCUGAAGGCUGCAUGCAGGGAAUGGUGCCAUACUUGCCAGAGCUCAUUCCACAUCUCAUCCAGUGCUUAUGUGACAAGAAGGCUCUGGUGCGCUCCAUUGCCUGCUGGACUCUCAGUCGCUAUGCCCACUGGGUGGUCAGCCAGCCCCCUGAUAAUCACCUCAAGCCCCUCAUGACAGAGCUGCUUAAACGCAUCCUGGAUGGAAACAAAAGGGUGCAGGAGGCAGCAUGCAGUGCUUUCGCCACCCUGGAAGAGGAAGCAUGUACAGAGCUGGUGCCUUAUCUGAGCUUCAUCCUGGACACGCUGGUAUUUGCUUUCGGGAAAUAUCAACACAAGAACUUGCUGAUUCUUUAUGAUGCCAUAGGAACGUUGGCCGACUCUGUGGGACACCACCUCAACCAACCUGAGUACAUUCAGAAGCUGAUGCCGCCUCUGAUAGCAAAAUGGAACGAGCUGAAGGAUGAGGACAAGGACCUCUUUCCUCUGCUUGAGUGCCUGUCGUCUGUUGCCACUGCGCUGCAGAGCGGCUUCCUCCCGUACUGCGAGCCUGUGUAUCAGCGGUGUGUAACCCUGGUCCAGAAGACGUUGGCUCAGGCCAUGAUGUAUAGUCAGCAGCCGGACCAAUAUGAGGCACCAGACAAGGACUUCAUGAUUGUGGCCCUAGACCUGUUAAGCGGCUUGGCUGAGGGGCUUGGGGGCCACGUGGACACAUUGGUGGCUCGCAGCAAUAUUAUGACGCUGCUGUUCCAGUGCAUGCAGGAUACAAUGCCAGAGGUGAGGCAGAGUUCCUUUGCCCUGCUGGGUGACCUGACCAAGGCUUGCUUCCCUCAUGUCAAACCAUGCAUUGCUGAAUUUAUGCCAAUCCUUGGAACAAAUCUGAACCCAGAGUUUAUCUCUGUGUGCAACAACGCCACCUGGGCUAUAGGGGAGAUCUGCAUGCAGAUGGGAGUGGAGAUGCAGCCAUACAUAGCUAUGGUUCUAAACCAGCUAGUUGAGAUCAUUAACCGACCAAACACACCCAAAACUCUGCUGGAGAACACAGCCAUCACCAUCGGCAGACUGGGCUACGUUUGCCCUCAGGAGGUCGCUCCCAUGCUGCCGCAGUUUAUCCGACCGUGGUGUACGUCACUGCGCAACAUCCGAGACAACGAGGAGAAAGACUCUGCUUUCCGUGGGAUUUGCAUCAUGAUCGGCGUGAACCCUGGAGGUGUGGUGCAGGAUUUCAUCUUCUUCUGUGAUGCUGUGGCCUCCUGGGUGAAUCCUAAAGACGAUCUGAGAGACAUGUUCUACAAGAUCCUGCAUGGCUUCAAGGAGCAGGUUGGGGAGGAGAACUGGCAGCAGUUUUCCGAGCAGUUCCCUCCACUGCUGAAGGAGAGACUGGCAGCCUGCUAUGGCGUUUAGGUUCUCGACACCCAACCAAGAGGUGAGCCAGCAGGAGGAGGGUGAAUGGGAAACUCAUCCAUCUGUGUAUUGCACGGCCCUGAUCUGGGGGGAGGGAGAGGGACGCUUUUUGCCACUCCCCCGAUGGACGGCCCCCACGCCCUAUGUGUUUGUCCAUAGCGGGAGGGAGGGCGGGCGGGUGG